CCUGCGCCGUGCGGCCGGGCCGGGCCAUGACGGGCGAGGCCGUGCGGGAGCUGCUGCGGCGGCUGCGGGCGCUGCAGAGCGAGCGGGUCCAGACGUACCGGCUCUUCGAGGAGGGCCACCGGGCGUACCUGAGCAGUGCCCCCCACUAUGACUUCCCACGGUACCGGCAGCUGGUGCACGAGGUCACCGUGGCCUUCAGUGGCAUCUCCCGGGAGGUGCUGGACAUCGCCGGGCGCCUGCGGGACGAGCUCGGCCGCCCCGACCUGGCCCAGCACCUGGCCCGGCUCCAGGAGCGGGAGCAGGAGAAGCUGCAGCUGACGGCGCAGCUGCAGCUGGCCCGGCAGCAGGCACAGGACCAGCCCGAGGUGGACGCCCAUCAGCAGGAGGUUCAGGAACUCAAGCAGAAGCUAAUUAAAACCAUUGAGGCAAUCAGCGAAAUUCUCCAGGACCUUAAGUACGAUUCGGAAGAAGUUGAGUGAUGGGUGUCCCCGUGGGAACGGCUGGAGGGGCCGGGCUGGUGGAACGGGGGCCCCUCUCAUCCCCCACCCGCUCCCGGUGCACCUUGGCAAGGUGGGCAUUGUCCUCUGAGCCCCUUUUGUGCAGCACAGGCUGGAAGGUGUGGGGAAACCCCCUCUGGGAGAAGGUGGGGGUCCCCCUAAAUCCUGAGUAUCCCUCAGCAGAGGGGUCUGGCGUGGGGCUGGUUCCCCUCCCUGUUGUGCCGGGGCUGUGUCGAAGGGAAACCACACCCUGCAGUGCCAAGGGGCUGCCAAACUUCGGCCCCCAUCGUGGUGGGCUCUGUCCCUGCUGCCAGCUGGGGUCCCGUGGGCAACAGCCACCCCAAAAACACAUCUUGGAGCCUGGCUGUGGCCCCAGCCCCACUGCAGCUCCGGUGCUCCACAACUGCUUUUUCUAUGGUCACCCCAAAUAAACCUGUCCCCAUGGA